AUGUCCGACCUUUCCGUCCAACUGACGGCCCCGAACGGGCGCUCCUACACGCAGCCCACUGGUCUCUUCAUCAAUAACGAAUUCGUAGCCUCCAAGGCCGGCGAGAAGAUCGCAUCAAUCAAUCCCUCUGACGAGAGCGAGAUCACCUCGGUACAUGCUGCUGGUGAGGAGGAUGUGAAGAUUGCCGUGGCAGCGGCCCGCAAGGCCUUGAAAGAUCCGUCGUGGAAGCAACUACCAGCCACUGACCGUGGUCGGUUGAUGUUGAAGCUCGCCGACUUGAUUGAGCAGCACAAGGAGACUUUGGCUACCAUCGAGACGUGGGAUAACGGCAAGCCGUAUCAGGUUUCGCUGAAUGACGACCUCGGUGAAGUCACCAACACCCUGCGAUAUUACGCCGGCUGGGCCGACAAGGUCCACGGCCAGACUAUUGGCACCUUUCCUCAAAAGUUCGCCUACACUUUGCGUCAGCCCAUCGGUGUCGUUGGACAGAUUAUCCCAUGGAAUUUCCCUCUUGCGAUGGCCGCCUGGAAACUCGGACCUGCCCUUGCGUGCGGCAACACGAUCGUGAUGAAGGCUGCUGAGCAAACGCCCCUCAGCAUCCUGUAUCUCGCCACAUUGAUUAAGGAGGCCGGAUUCCCUCCCGGUGUGAUCAACAUCCUCAACGGUCACGGUCGUGUCGCCGGCGCCGCCCUGGUGCAGCACCCGGACGUGGACAAGGUUGCCUUUACGGGAUCCACCGCGACUGGCCGUGAAAUCAUGAAGAUGGCCGCCGGUACCUUGAAGAACAUUACUCUCGAGACUGGUGGCAAGUCACCGCUUGUCGUUUUCGAGGACGCGGAUCUCGAGCAGGCCGCCAAGUGGGCUCAUAUCGGUAUCAUGUACAACCAAGGCCAAGUCUGCACCUCUACCUCUCGCAUCCUGGUGCAUGACUCGAUCUACGACAAGUUUGUUGAGCGCUUCAAGGAGGUCGUCAAGACGACCAGCAAGGUCGGCGACCCCUUCAAAGAUGAGACCUUCCAGGGUCCGCAGGUCACCAAGGCUCAGUAUGAGCGGGUGCUUUCUUACAUUGAGUCUGGAAAGUCUGAGGGCGCCACUUUGGCCGCUGGUGGUGAGGCAUACAAGAACGUCGGUGAUGGCCGCGGCUUCUUCAUCACCCCCACAAUCUUCACUAAUGUCAAGGAUCACAUGCGCAUCUACCGCGAGGAGGUCUUUGGUCCUUUUGUCGUGAUUACCAGCUUCACCACCGAAGACGAGGCUGUCACCCGGGCCAACGACACCACCUACGGUCUGGGUGCCGCCGUGUUCACUCGUGACAUUGAGCGUGCUCACCGUGUUGCCGCAGAUAUCGAGGCCGGCAUGGUCUGGAUCAAUAGCAGCAACGACAGUGACUUCCGGGUGCCGUUCGGCGGUGUUAAGCAGAGUGGAAUUGGCCGCGAGCUUGGCGAGGCUGGCCUCGACGCGUACUCGCAGGUCAAGGCUGUCCAUGUGAACAUGGGAAGCCGUCUGUAA